AUGCAUAAGGCUCACGAGCUAAUUAUUGGUCGCGCCCUAAACGGACAUGUAGUGCGCUGCGUAUGGGCCGGAAACAGUCGUGGGACACAGGCGUACGAAGGGCCGGUGUUCACGUGCGGUGGAAACAUUACUGGAACUUCGGGUCUUGUUGGGAGUCAGGGUUACCCCGGAGUUUACCCCCCUAACACCAAAUGCGUUUGGAGAAUCACGGUGCCUCAGGGCAAAGUGGUGUCCCUCACUUUCCGUUCCCUCGACCUAGAGAACGACAGACUUUGCCGCUACGACUACGUGGAUGUGUACGACGGAUUCGUUAACAGCCAGCGGCUCGGGCGAUUCUGUGGCACCGCCCGGCCCAGAGCGCUGAUCUCCAAUCGCAACAGGAUGCAAGUAGUGAUGGUUUCGGAUGCCAACACGGCCGGGAGCGGCUUCCUUGCCGGAUACGUCGCCGUUCGGCCGGAUGCAAGGGGGGAGCGGUAUUGCGGCGGACUCUUGGACAAACCUUUGGGAACCUUCACGACCCCAAACUGGCCGGAGAGAGACUAUCCUGCAGGUGUGACAUGCUCGUGGCAUAUUAUAGCACCUGAGCACCAGAUAAUCGAGCUGAAGUUCGAGAAGUUUGACGUGGAGCGGGAUAACUACUGCCGCUAUGAUCAUGUGGUCGUUUACAACGGUGUGGAAACAAGCGACAAGACCAGGAUCGGGAAGUUCUGCGGCGACAGCCCUCCUGCGCCGAUCUACUCUGACGGCAGUCACCUCUUCAUCCAGUUCGUCUCCGACCUGAGCCUCACUGCCGACGGCUUCAUCUGCCAUUACACGUUCAAGCCGAAGAACUCCACCAUCGCAGGCUCCACCGUUCACGUUACUGCAGCUGCUGUUUCCACCACUGCAGGGCCCAUAGUGCUGGAGUUUUCUGAAGCUCUCUGCAAGCAGAAGUGCAAGAGAACCGGAACAAUCGAAAGUCAUUACUGCUUAAGCAACUUUGUGCUGACGGGAACACUCGUCUCAGCUGCCAUGAGGGAACUGAGCGUGCUUGCCACCUUCUCCAUCACCAACGUGUACAAGGAAGGAAACCUGUCCAUCCAGCAGGCCGGGAAGAGCAUGAGCACUAAAGUCUUAAUCCUGUGUAAGAAAUGCCCUUUAGUCAGGAGAGGUCUGAACUACAUCGUCAUGGGUCACGUCGACGAGCAGGGACAAGGCGUCGUUUCACCUCAGAACUUUGUGAUGGCCUUCAAGACUAAGAAGCAGAGGGACCUGGCUGUGUUGAGUAAUGCCCGCUGCUGAUGGUAGGCGAUGGCCAUGUUGGAUUUGUAGGCUCAUCAGGUCACCCUCUGGAUCUGUGCAUGCCAAACUGGGAGUCAUCACAGUAACAUAUUUUCCAGAGCAUAAGUCUGGUUCGAGAGGUAAUCAGUAUAUGUAUGUUGAUUCAUUGUAGAUGUCGCAUUUGUUCAGUAGUUCCAUAUUUAGUUCCUUUUUAGGCUGUUUUUCUUUUAUUCUGAGCUGUAAACCUACAGGCUUCAAACCGCUCAACGGGGAAGUAUCAGUACUACAUAGCAAAUGCACAUUUGACCAUUAGUAUCUACGUUUUGUGUAUCAAGUGAAUAAUUGAAAUGUUUCUGUGAAUGUUUUCGAAUUAAUUUUCAUUUGUACAAGCUGGCAGUUGGACCUGAGGAUCUCAGAAGACUUCAUGCCAAUGACCAGAAGCAAACUGCUAAAUGCUUAAAUUGUAUCAUGGUCCUUUUGGAAAAAAGCAUCUGACUAAAUAAAUAAAUGUGAAUGUAAUGGAUCCAAACUCAAUAGUGGAAAACUGCCGCUUGUGGCUAAGAUCAAUAGUUAAAUGAAUGAUUGCUUUUUUUUUUUUUUUUGACAAAGAAAGAACUACUACAGAGUGGGAGGGUGAAAUAAUUUUCUUUUUGAAAAGGUCGAAAAAGCUUCCAGAAUAAUUAUACUGUGUUGUAUUUAGUUGAAUCAGGCGUGUAAGUGGGUGUACUUAUCUUGGUUCCAAUAAUACUGUAUUUUGGAAACAACGUGUGCGGUCCGUUUCUCAGAGGAUUUCCAAAAGCUUCCAAGUAUGCAGAAGUGCAGCGUACAGCCUUUUUCCUUCCUCCUCAUGUCUAGACUUUUUUCUGUUUUGCAAAACGUUUUAUAUUCAGUCCUCCACUCUGAGGUGUUUGGGCUAAAUGAAUAAUUAAAAUUGUAAUAAAAGUUUA